CCAACCCAAACCCUUCCCUCCCUCCCAUGGCCUCCACCUCCCGCCGCGGCGGCGGCGAGGACGACGACGACGAGCCCUACCUCCUGGGCUUCAUCGUCGCCAACGCCGUCGGCCUCCAGUACUACCAGGGCGGCCGAGCCAUCACCCGCCGCGAGAGCGUCGGCCUCGUCCGGGAGCCCCACAACCCCCACGACGCCAACGCCAUCCGCGUCGACAACGCCCGGGGCGAGAAGAUCGGCCACAUCGGCCGCCGCGCCGCCGCCGCCCUCGCCCCGCUCCUCGACGCCGGCCACGUCGCCGCCGCCCACGGCAUCGUCCCCAAGCCCGCCUCCAAGAGGCUCUACAGCCUCCCCUGCCAGGUCCACCUCUUCGCCCGCCCGCCCCACGCCGCCCUCGUCGCCGCCGCCCUCGCCGCCUCCGGGAUCGACCUCAUCCACGUCGACCACCCCGAGUUCGCCCUCUCCGAGUCCGCCAUCGUGCAGGAGCAGCAGACCAAGAGGUCUCGCGGGGAUGUCGAUAGGCUGUUCUCUCAUGUGGGGAAGGGAGGGAGAGCUCGGAUUGCGCCCAUGGAGGCGCCGCGGGAUGUGGUGGUGUCCGAACUGUUCGAGCACCAGAAGGCGGCGCUGGGGUGGCUGGUGCACCGUGAGGAGUCAUGCGACCUUCCACCAUUCUGGGAGGAAGAUAAUGAUGGGGGAUUUAAGAAUGUUCUUACAAAUCAGAAGACGAAUGAGAGACCGCCGCCGUUGAAGGGUGGGAUUUUCGCUGAUGAUAUGGGGCUAGGGAAGACUCUCACGCUGUUGUCGCUGAUCGGAAGGAGUAAAGCUCGCAAUGUAGGUGGGAAGAAGGCUAGAGGGGCGAAAAGGAGGAAGGUUGAGGAGGCGGUGGAGGAGGAGUCAAGAACAACGCUUGUGGUGUGCCCGCCAUCGGUGUUCUCAUCUUGGGUGACACAACUGGAGGAGCACACGAAAACCGGUAGCUUGAAGGUGUAUUUGUACCAUGGAGAGCGGACAAAAGAGAAGAAAGAGCUGUUGAAAUAUGACAUUGUGAUUACCACUUAUAGCACCUUGGGGCAAGAACUUGAGCAGGAGGGCUCACCGGUAAAGGAAAUUGAAUGGUUCCGUGUGAUUCUGGAUGAGGCCCAUGUGAUCAAGAACUCUGCAGCACGCCAAACCAAGGCGGUGAUUGCUUUGAACGCGGAGAGGCGGUGGGUGGUCACAGGGACGCCCAUUCAGAACAGCUCAUUUGAUCUUUACCCGCUCAUGGCAUUUUUGAGAUUCCAACCAUUCUCAAUCAAGAGCUACUGGCAGAGCUUGAUCCAGCUCCCCUUAGAGAGAAAGAAUAACGGAAUUGGGUUGGCACGAUUGCAGAGCCUCCUAGGUGCUAUUUCCCUGCGCAGAACCAAAGAGACAGAGAGUGGUAGCAAAAGCUUGGUCAGCAUUCCGCCCAAAACUGUUUUAGCUUGUUAUAUUGAGCUUUCUGCAGAGGAACGUGAGUACUAUGACCAGAUGGAAUUGGAAGGGAAAAACAAACUGCGGGAGUUUGGUGACAGGGAUUCGAUUUUGCGUAAUUACUCAACUGUGCUUUAUUUCAUUCUGAGGCUCCGCCAGCUCUGCAAUGACAUAGCACUAUGCCCAUUAGACCUGAAAUCAUGGCUUCCUGGCAGUGGCAGCUCCCUUGAAGAUGUGUCUAAAAACCCAGAGCUGUUGAAGAAGCUGGCCUCAUUGGUUGACGAUGGAGAUGACUUCGAAUGUCCGAUUUGUCUCGCUCCACCAGCCAAAACCGUCAUAACGAGCUGCACGCACAUAUACUGCCAGACUUGCAUCAUGAAAAUCCUCAAGAGCUCUAGUUCCCGCUGUCCAAUAUGCCGGCGCUCGCUAUGCAAAGAAGACCUCUUUAUUGCGCCAGAGAUUAAACAUCCCGAUGAGGAUUCCUCAGUCAAUCUUGAUAGACCUCUUUCUUCCAAGGUGCAAGCCUUGCUGAAACUACUGAGGCGUUCACAGAGCGAAGACCCUUUGUCAAAGUCUGUUAUUUUCUCUCAGUUCAGGAAGAUGCUGAUCUUGCUUGAAGGGCCACUUAAAGCAGCAGGCUUUAACAUACUACGACUCGACGGCUCUAUGACGGCGAAGAAGAGGUCAGAGGUUAUCCGCCAAUUCGGAUGCGUUGGCCCUGAUUCUCCGACCGUGCUGCUGGCCAGCCUGAAGGCUGCGGGAGCCGGCGUGAACCUGACCGCGGCAUCAACGGUGUACCUCUUCGACCCUUGGUGGAACCCUGGGGUGGAGGAGCAGGCCAUGGACAGGGUGCACCGGAUCGGGCAGACCAAGGAGGUGAAAGUGGUGAGGCUGAUCGUGAAGGAUAGCAUCGAGGAGAGGAUGCUGGAGCUGCAGGAGAGGAAGAAGAAGCUGAUUAGCGGCGCAUUUGGUAGGAAGAAAGGAGGCAAGGAGCACAAGGAGAUCCGUGUUGAAGAGCUCCAGAUGAUGAUGGGAAUGAAAUGAAAUGCAAUAGGUGCCUCUUGCUGACAAUAGGUAGUAGUAGCGUUUAUCAUUUCGUAAUAGUGCCUCAGUGUCAGUAAACAAAGUGCUGGCUUCAGGAGGCAGUAGGAGACAUUCAUGCGUGCAUGUAUUUUUGUGGUUAACUGUGGUUAACAUGCACGGCAUGUAUGUACAGUGGUGCAUUGCAUCCGGCAUCCUGUCCUUUUCCUUUUGCUUAUUUUUGUAUACCAUAUUAGCGGGCUAAAACUAAAAGAAAGUUUAUGUAUGUAUAUGUGUAUUCCUCCGAAUUCCGAUGCAAUGUUGAGAAGUAUGUGAAUGGAGCUAGGGUGAAAAGGUUUGCGAUU